UGUAGCGUCAACCGAAACAGACGCUAAGAGCAAAGCUAAUGGUGAACUUCUGCCUCUGAUGUUGACGCUUUGGUGAGGAGCCUGAUUUUCUGUCAUCACGCCACAGAGUCACCUUUACCUUUCUUAUCUUCACCUGGACGCCGGCUCUUCCUCCCUGUGGCUCGUUGACCGGUUCUGCAGAACUGAAUGAGGUGCGGUCUUCUGCCGGUGCCGUUUUGUAAGUGCUGCUGCUGCCGGGAUGGGCCAGCAGAUCUCAGGUCAGGCGGUGAUGACCCGUCUGCCUGAGAAGCUGGUGAAACAUGUCGGGCUGGUGCGCGACAGCAGCUACCUCACCUACGAGGAGUUUCUGGCGAGAGUGUCCGAACUUAACGACGUUACGGCCAAGCUAGCUGCUGGACAGCAGAAACACCUGCUGUUUGAGGUGCAGCCAGGAUCCGAUGCCACAGCCUUGUGGAAGGUGGCUGUCAGGAUCGUCUGUACCAAGAUCAACAAGGAGAGCGGUAUGGUGGAAGCAUCACGCAUCAUGAACCUGUACCAGUUCAUCCAGCUGUACCGAGACAUCACCAGUCAGGCUGCUGAGGUUUUGUCUGCUGAGGGUGCCACCGAGGGCCCGUCCGCCCAGCUCCCCUCCACAGACUCCUGCCAGGCCAGCAUGUGGAUGGGCAGAGUGAAGCAGCUGACUGAUGAGGAGGAGUGCUGUAUCUGCAUGGACGGAAAGGCCGACCUUAUCCUGCCCUGUGCACACAGCUUCUGUCAGAAGUGCAUUGACAAAUGGAGUGGGCAGAGCCGAAACUGUCCGAUAUGUCGCCUGCAAGUGACUGCUGCCAAUGAAUCGUGGGUAAUGUCUGAUUUCCCCACAGAGGACGACAUAGCUGGCUACAUCCUCAACUUGGCUGAUGAGGCAGGCCACCCACACAGGCCUUAACACGCAGCGCACUGAGCCAAUUAUAUAACAAAGGAAAUCGGCCCGUACCAAGUAGACUUUGCAACACAAAAUGUCACUUUCACUGAAGAGGAGAUUUUUUUUUUCUUUAAAAGCUAGUAACGCAGAAGAAACCAGCAUGGUUUCCUAAUCUGUAUGUUCUUAAUGAUAGGUUUGGAACAUGAAAACAGUAACACUUAAUUUUACAGGUCCCUAUUUUACAUCUGAUUUCCUGGAAACCUUUGACAUAAUUUCCUCAAUCAUUGGCUGGUAUUUAACUGUAAAUUACAAGGAUACUAAGGAAGGGGUUAGUUGCCACCACUGUCUUCAUUCCCCUUUUAAUUAGUACAAAAUUGCGAAGUUCAUUGUUUGAAGGGUUUCUUCAGAAUAUCUUUAUAAGUUAAACCAGCUAAUUUUAAGGAAAGUUUCUAGGAAAUUAGCUGGAAAAUACAAAUGAAACCCUGUCUCUUUCAGUCCUAAAACUCCCAGGAUGCUCUUUGUAACCCACGUAUUGUAGAUGUGGUGCUUUAUGGGAACUGUGUGUGAUAAUAUGUUGUAUGAAGUGAAAAUUCAGUAUUUGUAGUAUGCUAUAAUAAAUUAUAAUCUUUUAAUUUAACACAGAAUAACCAGAAGUACAGCUCUUACAGUAUGUUUUGGGUGAUUUAACCAACAUGGGAGGAAAAGAGGCAAAGACCUGAUUUGGGACAAAACACAAACUGUAUAAUAUGAUUCCUGAUCCAAGCUGAAGUUGCCUUUGACUAUAUUAAACAUAUUAUAUUAAAAUUUAGAGGAAUAGUCUAGCAUUUUGGGAAAUAUUUGCUUCCUGUCUGCAAGUUAAAUGAGAAGAUUGAAACUGCUCUCAGUCUUCUCAUUUAACUCUCAUGCAGAAAGUGAAUAAGCACAUUUUCCAAAAUGUAGAACUUCUGCUUCAAGUGCAAAUCUAAGACACCAAACACACACUGUUUAUUCCAGAGUAUCUGGUCAAACUGUAAAGCCAAGGUUAUUUUCCUUAUCUAAAGCUGUUCUAUAGUCUGUGCAAUAUAACCCUGCAUGUUUAUAUCCCACAUGACAUGCCUUAUGAGCCGUGUUAUGUGAACAUGUUAUAAACUGAUGCUCUGAUCCACUGCAGGCCUGACGUAGUGACUGAUACUCUUCGGGUUGUACAGAACUAAUUAGUUUUAUAUGAUUUUACUGACUUGGCUUGCUGUGGUGUCAUCUUUACUGGUGGAAAUAACCACUAUUUAUUAUCUGUGCUGUUCUCAUCUUUUAAUUUUUUUAAAUAUAUUUUUUUCCGUUCCUUAAUUGUAUUAAGAUUAUUUUAAUCUGAUUGCUGUAGAAGUACUGAAGUACUGUAGUUCACACUCCCCAAAUAGACAUUCUUGUCUUUGC